AGGAAAUGCUGUGUAAAUAGUUUAUGCUGGAUUAUUUUUAUUUGCAUUUUUAUUGUUUUUAAUUGAGGUUAGUUGCAUCCGUGGAUGCAGAACUCAGGAAUAUGGAGGGCUGUUGUUUUGUUUCAUUGCACUGUGGUUACAUGAGUCAGCACAGGAGAUGAAAUCACAUAGAAUUAUACACAUACUUUAUACCAUUGUCAGUUUCCUGGUUUUGAUAUUGUACUAUAGUAACAUAUAAUAUGACCUUUGAGGUAAACUAGGUGACGGGUGUGGAGCUUUUCUGCAGUAUCUUUAUGACUCCCUGUAAAAUUGUAAUUAUUUCAAAAUAAUUUUUUUUAAUUGACAGAUCCAGCAACACUGGGCCUAGACUUGCAGAGCAGUAAUUGGUUGCUGCUAAGUAAAGGAUCCCUCUUUAGAUGGUGCAUGUGCUCAAAGGCCUACUCUUCCUUCAUUCACUCUAUUUGGUUCCCCUUUAUUAUGUUCAUUAUAUUAUGUGGCACCAUCCAGACAUAACUAAUCUUUUCUUUCUGUCUCUUAAUAAAGUCAUGGACAUUGAAAAACAAAGUAGUCUUAAAGUGAAAAUGUAUGUGUAUAUACUGUUUGUGGCUCCAGGUAACCAUGACAUUUGAUGAUGUGGCCUUAUAUUUUUCGGAGCAAGAGUGGGAGAUCCUGGAGAAAUGGCAGAAGGAAAUGUAUAAGCAAGAGAUGAAGACCAAUUAUGAGACCCUUGAUUCCCUGGGCUGUGCUUUUUCCAAGCCAGAUUUGAUCACGUGGAUGGAACAAGGGAGAAUUCUAUUAAUCGGAGAUCAGAAAUGCUUAGAUGAAAGAAGAAUGACAAUUAGCCCUUCUGAUGAGCAGCUGGGCUUGAAGAACACUGGAACGUCAUCAUGUUUCGGUGACCAAGGAACUCUUGGGACAAAAGAAGAGGAAUCCUAUUUAAAUGGUCUUCAAAAGCAUGACUUGUGUGCUACCUUAUCAGGGAAGGGUAGAAAGACUUUAUUGGAUCAAAGAACCACCUUCCAAUCUCCAAGUCUCCACAAAACAGAGACUCUACAUAAAAAAUUCAGUGUCACAGCAUCUAAUCAGGACAAGAAAGAUCCAUCGCAUAAACCUCCGGAUACCCCAGGUCACCUGGAAAUUCCAGCAGGGCCAAGAUUUUAUCCCUGCUGUGUCUGUGGGAAAGCCUUCCAGGGAAAGAGUGACUUGGUAAACCACAAAAGGAGCCACCCCAAGAACCAGCCCUAUAAAUAUCCAAAGUACAAAAGCAAAUCCAGAGGGAAAUCUGAACUCAGGCGAAGCCAGAGAUUGCCGUGUAAGAAGAAGCGGUUCCAGUGCAAUGAGUGUGAGAAGAGCUACUAUCUGAAGGGCAGCCUAGUCACUCACCAGGUUGUCCACACAGGACAGCGGCCCUACCCGUGCCCUGAAUGUGACAAGACCUUCCGGUAUAGAGCCAACUUGAAGAAGCACCUGUGUUUGCACAAAGAGGAGAGGCCGUUUCGCUGUGAGGAGUGCGGCAAGGGUUUCAUCGAGCAGUGUGAGCUCACUGAGCACCUGCGGCUGCACAGUGGGGAGAAGCCUUUCCGGUGUCCAGUGUGUGACAGGAGCUUCCGCCUGAAGAGAGGGAUGAAGGUCCAUCUUUCCCAGCACAGCGGGAAGAAGCCCUUCCACUGUCCAGAGUGUGGCAGAAGCUUUUCUCGGGAGGCUACCUUGAAGACCCACCAAAGGACACAUAGUGAAGAGAAGCCAUUUUCUUGUGAUGAAUGUGGGAGGAAAUUCAUCUACAAGAUUAAACUCGAUGAGCAUAUCAGAGUGCAUACAGGGGAAAAGCCCUUUUCGUGUCCCGAGUGUAAUAAAAGUUUCCGCCUAAAGAGAAGCCUAAAAGCCCAUCGAUUGCAGCACAGUGGGAAGAAGCCCUUCCAGUGCCCAGAGUGUAAUAAGAGCUUCUUCUGGAGGAAUGCCAUGAAGGCCCACCAGCGCCUACAUAGUGAGGAGAAGCCGUUCUCCUGCGGGGAGUGUGGCAAGAGGUUUACCCGGCCCUCCAAGCUCGCCUGCCAUAGCCGAGUCCACAGCAGGCCAAAGGAGUUCCCCUGUGGCGAGUGCAAAAAGACCUUUGCUCACCAGUCAGGGCUCACCCAGCACCUCAAGAUCCACACCACAGAAAAGCCGUUCUGCGCUGAGUGCAGCCGGAGCUUCCGCCGACGCGCCCACCUCACCGAGCACAUGAGGCUUCACAGCGGGGAGGAGCCUUUCCAGUGUCCUGAGUGUGACAAGAGCUUCUCUUGGAAGGCCUCCAUGAAGUUCCACCAGCGGACACACAGGGACGAGAAGCCCUUCAGGUGUAGCGAGUGUGGCAGGACUUAUACUCAUCAGUCUCAGCUCACUGAACAUCUGAGAGUCCACAGUGGAGAGAAACCCUACCAGUGUCCUGAAUGCAAUAAAAGUUUCCGUCUCAAAGGGAAUUUGAAAAGCCACCUGCUCCAGCACAGUGGCAAAAAGCCAUUCUCUUGUGCUAUGUGUGGCAAAAGUUUCACCCAGCAGUACAGGCUCACAGAACACAUGCGAGUCCACAGUGGUGAGAAGCCCUUCCAGUGUCCAGAGUGUGACAAGAGCUACUGCAUAAGGGGGAGUCUGAAGGUCCAUUUGUAUACGCACAGUGGAGAGAGGCCCUUCCGGUGUACUGAGUGUGGCAAGGGCUUCCUGCAGAAGAGAAGUUUGAAGGCCCAUUUGUACCAUCACAGUGGGGAGAGGCCUUUUUCUUGUGAUGAGUGUGGAAGGAGCUUCACGUAUGUGGGGGCACUCAAGACCCACACUGCGCUGCAUGCCAAGGAAAAGCCCUCCAGUGUCUAGGUCAAACCACACGGCAGUCACGCAGUGACAUCUUUUAGGUGGAGCCAGCAGCUCUGUUAGCUUGAGGCAGGGUAAAGAAUUCUCAGAACGCCGGCGACAGACACACUGGCCAGAUACGGUCAGAGGCACCUGAUGGCUCCUUGACAAAAGUUCCACGUGAUCCAGGCAAAGACAGUUGAAGAGGAAUUUUCCUUUGAUAAGCUUCAUAGACAAGGCCUGCCAGGCAUGGAAGAAACAUUAUAUACUGAUGCGCUGGUCCAGCAGAUCUUUCCAGGGCCAUCCAAGAGCAUAAUAAUCCCUUCAUUAAAUUCAGAAACCACAGCCUCAGCGAACAAAUGUUAGGGACAGGAAUGCUUACCCCAUAUACCUCAGUCGCCUUUUCUUUACCGGGCCUCCUUAUUUAAAUUUCUGUUGACAACCUUGAGUUUUCUCUCAUAGUGGAUUUUCAUUUUCUCUCAGAUGGUGAGAGGGCAUCUGUUUCUUGGCAGAAUUUCUCUAUACUGUUAAAAAUAAAUGUUGUCUUCUACCAUCUCACUUGUUAAAAUGAUCACCCACAUAAAUGUUAUUUCCUUCUGGAUUAAUUUAGAAAACCACCAUUGUGAAUAACAAACAAUGUUAUUUAUCUGUUUCUGCAUUUUCAACAGUGAUGUGUCAACUCUCAAAGAAAUAUUCUUUCCUUAAUGUUAGGGUCUCUUGAGGAAAAUACUGAAGAAAAAAAUAUUGCCAGUCUGUGGCAUCACUCCAUUUUUUUUUCUCUGUGGCUUAAUCUAUUGUUAUAAGGCAGUUUUUCAGGCUAUUCUAGCAAAUUUGCAUCUGCGUUUCAGACUGUCAAUCUUUAACAAUUACUCCCAAGAAAAUUUAUACAGCUUUCCUUAGGAAAUUUUGAGGCCUUCAUAAAUUUUAUGUCUGUAGCAGGAAAUGUGGUUCCAAAUUACCUGAAUCAGAAUCAGUUGGGAUCAAGGGCAUUAGAAGAAUUAGUAUCUAUACAAAGAGGAAAAAAAGUGCCACCUGUGGUUGGUACAGUUCUGUGGGUGCCUGUUGGUGAGUCAGUGGUGCCGUAGUGCAAAGAAAAAAGCACUUUAGCUGUGCCAGGGCACAUGUGAGCCAAACUUCAGCACUCGCUGGCCUCUUCAGCAGUGCACCUCAGGACAACUCUGUGUUUUUGCCUGGGAUGCAUGUUUAAAAUGCAGACUCUUGGGGCCCUCCACAGAUGAACUGAGUGAGAAUCCUCCCAGGUGAUGCUGUGUAAACUAAAGUUUCAAAACCUUGGAUCUGGUGAAUGAAGAAACUGGAGAAAGAACUGUUUUUGUCAGGCAUUCUAGCCAUUCUGGGGUGAGAUUCAGGUUAGAACUCUUCCUUGUAGCCUUUUUCUCCUCCCUUUUGUAAUAAAGCUUCUUGUG